UUUAUUAAAGAAAACAGCGGUUCACUACAACCACAAUACGUACGUGGAACUUUCUCAACAAAAAAUAGAAAAAAUGAAUAAAAAAUUUAGUUUUUGUUUAAUAAAUUAACAAAUUAGUUCAAUAAAUUAUUAAAAUAAGGCCAUAAUAUAUAAGAUUACCUUAAAUAUCUGGGAAGUAGUUAAGAAAAAGCUGAAAUUAUUAAAAAUAAAAUCAGCAAAAACGAAAAAAAGAGGCGAGACCCUGACAGAAAAAAUUAAUUUGGUGACAAAAUUUUUUACAACAAAAGAAAGAAAAACUAGUAUUUUGUGGUAACAAUAGCAGCUGAUAAAAUUCAAUAAUUAAUAAAACAAUAGAAGUUGGUUAACAAGAGGGGGGAAAGGUCAAAGACGGAGAUAAGAAAGACAUGGCACCAACAAGAAAACCUAGUGAUGGUCUAUUGGCCAGAGUUAAUUUUCCUUUGUAUGCAGUGGAAAUGCUAACCAGUCGACAUGUUUUAGUUGCGGGAGGAGGAGGCGCUAGUAAGACAGGAGUAGCUAAUGGUUUUGAAAUUUAUGAAAUUUACCAUAAUGGGCAACAUUUCUGUGCCCAAGAGGUGGUUAGACAUGAAACGGGAGCCAAUGUGGUCAUGAAUUUUGCGGUGCGCAAUGAUGGAAGACGUUCUUAUUUGUGUGCUGGCCAAGAGUCUCACUGUCAAAUGUACUUUGUUAAUCCCAGGGUGAUGAGUGAAGAUGGCAAAGAGGAAAUUUCGGUAACACAAGAAGAAAAAUCUCAUAAAUCACCAGCAGAUGUGCAUGGCAAUGAAAAUGGCGUCAGACAAAGACGCACAACAGCAUCAGGUGUAGAAGAUUUACCUAAUGGUCAUGCUGCCGGUGGUCCCGAGUCUAAGCCCAACUCACAGGAUCAGAAUGCAAAUCUCAAGCGUAUUUUAAAAUUUGAUAUUAAAGCGGCGGAUUCCAUACAAACAGAUUUCCUAACAGCAGAUCCCUUGCAAAGAGUGGUGAGGAUUUCUCCCAAUGGUCAUGUUAUGUGUACUGGAGGUACAGAUGGUCACCUAAGAGUCUGGUCAUUUCCUCAAAUGAUUAAAACGGCCGAUAUAGAAGCUCAUACUAAGGAAAUUGAUGAUAUUGAUAUUAGUCCUGAUUCGAAAUUUAUCAUUACUAUAGCCAAAGAUGGCCAGGGCGUAGUUUGGGAUAUAGCCACAUCGAAAAAGGUGUACGACUUGAAAUGGGACACACCAGAGGGUGCUAAAUAUCUGUUCAAACGUUGUCGUUAUGGUACUAUAGAGGCACAACGUGAUAAAUAUCGCCUAUUUACUAUAACCAAUCCUCUGGGAAAGGUGGGCAGGCAGAAGGGUUACUUACAGCAAUGGGACUGUACGACUGGUAAACUACGUUUAGCCGUGGCCAUAGAUGAGAGUUUAGCCUCGCUGGCAGUACGGGAUGAUGGACGAUUUGUGGCCGUUGGUAGCAUGUUUUCGGGUAGUAUUUCCAUGUAUAUUGGCUUUAGUUUACAGCGUGUACUUCAUAUACCCAAUGCUCACUCAAUGUUUGUGACUGGUCUACAAUUCUUGCCCGUAACCAAUGAGGAAGGACCACCCAUAUCCAGUGAUACCGAAGCCGCAGUUUUAUCGAUAUCCGUAGACAAUAAAGUGUGCAUACACAGUUUGCAACAUAGACACACCAUGCCCGCUUGGUUAGCUAUAAUGCUCAUAGUUUUGGUGCUAUUUGGCGCAUUUACUCUAUGCUCAUAUUUAGGCCUUUAGAUAAUAAAACAAAAUAAACGAAAAAUACUUCUAACAACACAGACAGGCAAACAGUAUAAAUAUUUUAAAAAGAAAAAAGAAAACAUAAACAAACGGAAAAAACAAUAAUUUAAUAAACAAUUGUUUAAAUUACUAGGCAUUUAUAAUACUAACGAAUUCUUAUACAAUUACAAAAUAAACAAAAAUACAUAACUAUAAGAACUAAAUACCAGAAACUAAGAAAAAACAUUAUUAAAACGUUUUGAAAAAAUCACCCAAAACUCAAUUAUGAAAUAUUAGUUAAAAUCAUAGUUAAAUUUGUAAUCAAAAUCGAUAAAAACAAAACAAUACUAACCACAACAAUAAAACAUUUAUAUUAUUUUGUUAAAAGUAAAUUAAUAUUGUAUUUUAAAUAAACAUGAUUAAUGAUUUUAAUUAGUUUCCCCUUAAAAAUAGUUGUAACUAACCACAAACAGAAUUUUAAAAUGCCCUUAAUGUUCUUUCUCUCUAUUUAUGUUUAUAAUAUAAUCAUUUUUAAUUCAAUAAUUAAUAUUAAGUAUUUUUCUCUUGCUUUAAACAUUCUUUGGUUUAAAACUAUCUUGUUCGGUUAAAAUAAAUAUAAUUUUAUUAUAUAGUAGUAAAAACAAAUUAAAUUCAAUUUCUUUAAUUGCUUUCUUAAUUUUUGUGUAACUAGUUUUAAGUUUAUUUAAAAAAAGAAAACUCUAUAUACAAUUUUUAACUAAUGAGCGAUAUGUUAAAUGGAUUGAUUUUUGAAAUUGAUAAAGAAAAACGUCAAAAAAUUAAAACAAAAA